AUGGGAAUAGAAUUCGCUGUCAAUAUGUCCGAUGAAGUUUCACUUUACGGGGGAAAAAGUGCCUUUACCCAAAUGGAGCACAACAUAGUGGCUGGAUAUCUGAUAACGGCAGGUAUCGUGAGUUUAGCCAGCAACAUUGUGGUUCUGUUGAUGUUUGUGAAGUUUAAGGAGCUGCGCACUGCCACCAACAUCAUCAUCAUCAACCUGGCUCUUACUGACAUCGGAGUGGCUGGUAUCGGAUAUCCCAUGUCAGCAGCCUCUGAUAUCCAUGGUAGCUGGAAGUUUGGAUACACUGGUUGUCAGAUCUAUGCAGCUCUCAACAUCUUCUUUGGCAUGGCGAGUAUUGGCCUGCUGACGGUGGUGGCCAUCGACCGAUACCUCACCAUCUGCAGACCUGAUCUAGGACAGAAAAUGACGAUGCAAUCGUACAACCUAAUUAUUCUGGCAGCGUGGCUCAAUGCUGUGUUCUGGUCCUCCAUGCCGGUGGUGGGGUGGGCUUCUUAUGCCCCUGACCCCACUGGAGCCACAUGCACCAUCAACUGGAGGAACAAUGAUGCCUCCUUCAUCUCUUACACCAUGGCUGUGAUUGUUGUGAACUUCAUACUACCUCUGUCCAUCAUGUUGUACUGCUAUUACAACGUGUCCGUCACUAUGAAGAGACACACAGACAGCAACGGACUGGACAGCAUCAACAUGGACUGGACCGAUCAGAUGGACGUCACCAAGAUGUCGAUAGUAAUGAUCGUCAUGUUCCUGGUGGCCUGGUCUCCGUACUCCAUCGUGUGUCUAUGGGCUUCAUUUGGUGACCCAAAGAGAAUCCCUGCCGCCAUGGCCAUCAUCGCUCCACUCUUCGCCAAGUCCUCCACCUUUUACAACCCCUGCAUUUAUGUGAUCGCCAACAAAAAGUUCAGAAGAGCCAUCAUAGGAAUGGUCCGAUGUCAAACCAGGCAGCGAAUCACCAUCAAUACUCAGGUUCCCAUGACAACCUCCCAACAAACUCUGACCCAGUGA